AGGCUGCCCCCCUAACGUGCGGGGCCUGAAGGACUACCCUGAUUUGCCCUCGUGGGACACAGGACUGUCAACAGCAAAAUCAGGUUCACAUGGACCAAAUAAUAGUGCAGAAGUCAGUCUGGAAGGAUGAGUUCUGGCAGAACCCCUGGGAGAAGGGGGGCCUGGCAGUGAUCGGUUUAUUCAUCACGACAGUACUGCUUCUCAUCCUGUUUGCUGUUGUGUUUGGUUUGUUCCACCCGACAGAAGACGACCCACCCGUGUGAAGAGGAUUGAUCUCACUUCCUGGGGGCUGAGACAGCAGCAGGGAAAGUGAGCUGACCUUCUCCCCACUAUACUGGCAGUGGGCCCCCACACAGUACCCUCUGGCUUGGGGGCCAAGCCCUGGCAUCUUCUAUUCCCACCAGGAAAGUGUCUAGUCAAA